UGCGUACACCCUUCAGCGAGUUGUGGAAUGGAUGUGUGAUAACGAAGACAUCGACAAGAAUAAGAGAGAGGGAGGUGGGUUUUACGACAGAUCGGCGUUCAAGAAGUUCGUCACAUCUCGGGCGAAGGAAGCUUGAAUGUUGAAGACAGAAGCGCAUGACAUAUUGAAGAGUAAUGCAGCGGAGAUAUUGGCACUCAGGAGGAUGAACGAGCUACCUCAAACAGACCCUAUUGACUACCAUGAUUUGGCAACAGUGGUGGUGGACGAUGUCAAGUACGUUUUGCUCGAUCAGAUUAUAGAUCUUGUGUUGAAGCCAGAUAAUGAUACAAAUUUGAUUCACGAGGCCUUACACGAGGUGACAGAGGACGCAAUAGCAGCAGCAGAGCUUGCCGAUGUCAACAGCACAAAGGAUGAAAAUCAACUAGUAUCGGGGACUCCAAUAUGUCAGGGGGACAUAUUCACAGUCCUGGAGGACGUCACCAGGGCAUCAACGGAAGCGGAGAGAAUAAGCAAAAGAAUGCAAGGAUGGCAAAUGGUUGUUGUAGAAGCAAUCAAUGCGACACACCAUAUGCCAGAUAGCACACUGCACACUACAAGUGGCGUGGGAUCUAUAACAGCGGUUCAGAACCCGUUGACGAUUCCUACUACGGAUACAUUGAGUGUCCAUAAUGCAUUCAGAGUGUGGAGAUUACCACCCUAUCGUCCUUCACAUGAGAUCCUCGAAGGACACGAACAAGUGGCAUUCCAGGGAGUGCAUGCGGAUGGCGGAACUAGUGAAAGUGGCAAUCCACAGAUAGGGGAUGAUUAUAAAUCGCCGUCAUGCGAGGUGGGAUUGAGUGGCAGUGAUAUCUGCGAUGACGAGGAGGGUGACGAAUACGACUCUUAUUGGGACGUUCAGCGUGGUGGUGGACAGUCCCCGAGAGAGUGGUGUCAUGCAAUUUUAAGGUUGGCACGUGUUUUCGCAGAGCCACACCCAUUGAUACGUGUUCUGGACAAGACAAUAACACCGGACGAGUCUCUUCAGUUCGCAGGCGUUAAGGCAAGACAAGACUCUAUCUUUCUCGUCGAACCGAAGGUCUCGGCUAUGGUGGCGAUCACGAAGAUGAGCUACUUUCUUCUUCUAGCCAGCUUGUUUUCCCUCGCUGCACUCGUCCAUGGAGGACGAGGAGGAGGAUGGGGAGGAGGUGGAGGAGGAGGUGGAGUUGGAGUUGGAGGUGGAGGUGGAGGUGGUGGGGGUUGCCAGUCCGACGUCGAGUGCGGCUCCGGUAGUACUUGUCAAAGCGGUGCUUGUGUUGUCUUCGUCCAGCAUACGGGAGGGCCAUGCAGCAGCCAUUCGCACUGUGGCUCAGGUCUACGGUGCUGUGGGAGUGUAUGCCAGUCUUGUCACUGCUGCUCUGAUGAAGACUGCGGUGAUGGUUAUGUCUGCUGGCGGGGGUCUUGUAAGGCCAAGCUUUGCAGGUACAGCCACGAGUGUGAUGGGGGGAAGAAGUGCUGCGGUAUGACGUGCAAGCAAGCCGACUGCUGCUCCGACUCGGACUGCGAAGCAGGGAAGAAGUGCAUUGGAGGAGUGUGCAAGCAGGUGCCAUGCAAGCAGGAUUCCGAGUGUGGCUCCGGGAAGAAGUGCUGCUACGGUCAGUGCAAGAUCUGUGAGUGUUAUCACGACGAUCACUGUGGCGAUGACGGAGAGGAGUGUGACAAUGGCAAGUGUAGAGACAAAGUGUGCAUGUCCCACGAUGACUGUGGGGCAGGAAACAAGUGCUGCAGCGGCAAGUGUGUGACAUGCGAAUGCUGUGCGGAUGCCGACUGUGACUGUGGUGACGGCAAGGAGUGCCACUUCGGCAAGUGUAGAGACAAAGUCUGCACUUCCCACGAUCAGUGCGGAUACGGGAAGAAGUGCUGCAGCGGCAAGUGUGUGACAUGCGAAUGCUGUGCGGAUGGAGACUGCGGUGACGGAAAGGAGUGCUACAACGGCAAAUGCAGAGACAAGGUGUGCACGUCCCACGAUCAGUGCAGCUAUGGGAAGAAGUGCUGCAGUAGCAAGUGUGUGACAUGCGAGUGCUGUGCGGAUGCCGACUGUGGUGACGGGAAGGAGUGCUACAAUGGCAAGUGCAGGGACAGGGUGUGCAUGUCCCACGAUCAGUGCGGCUACGGGAAGAAGUGCUGCAGCGGCAAGUGUGUGACAUCCGAGUGCUGCGCAGAUGCAGACUGCGGUGACGGAAAGGAGUGCCACUUCGGCAAGUGUAGAGACAAAGCCUGCACUUCCCACGAUAAGUGCGGGUACGGGAAGAAGUGCUGUAGGGGCAAGUGUGUGACAUGCGAGUGCUGUGCGGAUGCCGACUGUGGUGACGGGAAGGAGUGCUACAAUGGCAAGUGCAGAGACAAGGUGUGCACGUCCCACGAUCAGUGCAGCUAUGGGAAGAAGUGCUGCAGUAGCAAGUGUGUGACAUGCGAGUGCUGUGUGGAUGCCGACUGUGGUGACGGGAAGGAGUGCUACUUUGGGAAGUGCCGGGACAAGGUGUGCACAGCUCAUGAAGAUUGCGGCUACGGGAAGAAGUGCUGCAGCGGCAAGUGUGUGACAUCCGAGUGCUGCGGAGAUGCAGACUGCGGUGACGGAAAGGAGUGCCACUUCGGCAAGUGUAGAGACAAAGUCUGCACGUCCCACGAUCACUGCGGGUACGGGAAGAAGUGCUGCAGCGGAAAGUGUGUGACAUGCGAGUGCUGUGCGGAUGCCGACUGUGGUGACGGAAAGGAGUGCNNNAGUGGCAAGUGCCGGGACAAGGUGUGCACAGCUCAUCAAGAUUGCGGCUACGGGAAGAAGUGCUGCAGCGGCAAGUGUGUGACAUGCGAGUGCUGUGCGGAUGCAGACUGUGGUGACGGCAAGGAGUGCCAGUUCGGCAAGUGUAGUGACAAAGUCUGCACUUCCCACGAUCAGUGCGGGCACGGAAACAAGUGCUGCGGCGGCAAGUGUGUGACAUGCGAGUGCUGUGCGGAUGGAGACUGCGGGUUGGGAUACCGGUGCUCUAGCGGAUCCUGCUUGAAGAAGACUUGCCCUUACGUAUCGCGUACCUUUCAUAGGUACCAUGGCGACACCACGCCCCGAUCCUCCUCCCCCGGAGCCUUCAGUCCCCACAUUAUCUCCCUCUACUCACUGUCACCUCGCCUCGGUAGUUCGCUGACUUCAUUCGACAGGACGAGCUCAUCCCUCUGGAGCCAUGGAGAUAGAGGGAGGAUCUGUCCCGACGCCGAGCUCAUCCCUCUGGAGCCAGAUCCUCCCUCUAUCUCCAUGGCUCCCAUCUCUACUUCCAUCCCUCUGGCGUCCGUCGAGUCCACCCCGCCGUCGCGCGCUGACGCUGACGCUGCGGAACUCGCACGAUAUACGGCUAACCUGGAGCCCACAGUUCGUGACCUCAUCCAAGAGUACCACGACGUUUUCCCAUCGUGGUUCUCGUACGCCGGCAUCCCACCGAUGCGUGACGUCGAGCACUCCAUUCAGCUUGUGCCUGACUAUCGUGUUCACCACCAGGCACCCUACAGACUCUCGAUCCCCGAGGCCACCGAACUCAAGCGUCAGCUUGAGGAGCUCCUGAGACUGGGUUUCAUUAUUCCCAGUAACUCCCCGUGGGAUGCACCCGUCCUCUUAGCUCGCAAAGCGGAUGAAACUCUCCGUCUCCGCAUCGACUAUCGCGGUCUCAACCGCUACACGGUUAAGAACAGCUACUCUAUGCCUCGUUCCGAUGAGCUGUUCGACCGCCUAGCAGGCAACCGCUUCUUUACGAAGAUUGAUCUUCGUAGCGGUUACCAUCAGAUCGGCGUCGCUGCAGCCGACCAGCCGAAGACCGCGUUCCGAUCGCGAUUCGGCCACUACGAGUUCACGGUGAUGCCAUUCGGCCUCACCAACGCACCCGCUACCUUCCAGAGGGCGAUGAACGACAUCUUCAGGGACAUCCUGGAGCAGUACGUUCUCGUCUACCUCGAUGAUAUCCUGGUCUAUAGUCGUACCCUUGAGGAGCACCUUAGACACCUCCGCGACAUCCUUGACCGCUUGCGCAGACAUGGCUUCUACGUCAAGCUGAGCAAGUGCCGCUUUGCCCAGCACAAAGUGGAUUUCUUAGGACACUACGUGUCUGACCAGGAUCUCCACAUGGACGACGCGAACAUCACUGCUAUUGCGGAGUGGCCCGCCCCCACAUCCGCCAAGCAGCUUCGCAGCUUCCUAGGCCUGACCAGCUACUAUAGUAAUUUCAUCCAGGGAUACGCUAGUGUCGAGUCUCGCUCAGGUGAUUGUCCGAUAGCGUUCUACUCCCGUCAGCUCCUGCCCGCUGAGAUAAACCACACUGCUGAUGAAUGUGAGAGUUCCCAGUCGUCGCACGACAUGUACUCCAGCACCACCACUCUGUCCAGCAGGCGAUCACCUUCCACUCCCAGUCCUUCCACAGUGGACGCCAACGGAUGCGACAUGGACAGUGCAUCGACGUCGCAUUGCGGGACUUCUGUCCCGUCGGGGUUCUACACCGAUGCCGCAAACGGCUACGAUGGUCAAGCGUGCGAGGAUAUGGAGGAUGAUACCGGUAAUGGAGAUGGAGAUGAUGUUGAUGACAAUAAUGGUGAUGGAGGCGGUGUUCCAAAAACGGACAAAGGCAGUGAUUCCAAUGGGAAAAAUGAUGGCAGACGUGGUUAUCCUCGGAGAACUGCAGAGGACUGUCGUAAGAAGUGGACGUCCAUGAUGUCGAAGGCGAAGCCCAUCCUCGACAAGUGCAAGAAUGCGUCGGGCCUGACGUUGUACUGGGACACGGACUUGGAAAAGUGGAAGGAGCAGCAAGUGCCUCUCGCCUUCGAGAAAACGUUGUGGGAUGCCAUGCAAUGGAAACUGAACAGACCAUCCAUGACGUACGACCACACAUUAGGCUCUGAGGACCUGCCGGGAGCGGGAGAAGGAACGCCGCCUUCGGGGAGAAGUGGAUCCGGAAAAAGCGGGUCUGAAGCGAGAGGAACGGACGGCUCGAAGAGCAUAGCGAAGAUGCGAAGAACGUCCUCAGGGAAAACUAGGAUGGACGACGCAAGGACCGGAGGAUCGACUUUGGCGAGGGCAAUGGAGGAGUCGACACGAUCCUACCGUUAUGGUCUUGACAAGGCCGCUUCUAAAUUGGCGAAGGCAACCUCGGAUGUCGGAACUUCAAUAGUGGCCAAGAUCGGUGAUGCGGCGGAGGCGAUAAGGGGAGGGAACACUAUCCUCGAGAUGCUCGUAGGGGUUCUUGCCUGCCCCUCUAUAGGUUGUGACGACGUCAACACUGUCACUUUCAACACUGUCGUCGCGAUAUCGAUGAUGACCCAUGCUCAUGGCAGCUGUGACGACGUGGACACUACCAAGUUCAACACCAUCGUCGUGAUAUCGAUGAUGACCAAUCAUCCACGAGUGGUUAAUGGGGACGCGACGUCGGUACUGAAACUGACAUUGUCAAAGGACCGACGGGACGAUGAGAGCAGCCAUUCGCGCACGGCGGAAGAGGACGCUGCAGUCCAUGAAUGUGGACGUAGAGGACACUGGUGCCAUUUGCGACGCCAUGCUGUAGGUGUGCUACGCCAUGGGGUGUGGAGCAUUGCCCAGAGCGAUGCCCAGGUGGUGGAUGAAGUGAUGGACAGGGGGGACAUGGGAGGAUCUGCAGCAAGGCGACGACGCGAUGGUCGACUACUUCAAGGAGAAGCUGCGCAUGUCGCCACGCACUAACAGUCGUUUUACCAGUCUUGGAGAAGAUGGAUAGGGCUAAAGCAGGGUCCAGCUGCACCACCUUAGUAUCUUAAAUCCAUAAGGCUGAAGCAAGGUCCAGCUGCAUCGCCUUGCUAGAGUCUUCGAUCCCUAAGGCCGAAGCAAGGUCCACCUGCAUCGCCCGAGGGCGAAACCCAAUCGUUUCUCCGCACACCAUAUUAUGAUGAAUCAAGUAGGUAUCCCAUAAGCAGACAUCACCCAAAGAUAUUAAGAGAGCAGUGUGAUGGAACCCAAACAUUCGGUAAAUGAAUAGCACACAGCGAG